UAAAGAGGUAAACAAUACAAAAUCUCUGAAUUUUGGACUUGAUAUUGUUUAAAUUCAGCUUGGGAACUUAAAAUUAUAUGUUUUCUAAAGUUUUAUGAAGAGGGUGUAGUGAAAUUGUACGUCAAAUAACGAGUUUCAGCGGUGAAAACAUGACAUAGAUUUGUUUGAAGAAGUUAGUAAAAAUAUAUGCAAAAAUCUGAAAUGUUGCACAUAAACGACCUACCUUUAGAAUCCUUCCUUGAAAUACUGUCUAAAGCAGAUGGUUUUACGAUUGGAGUAUGCCGAAGAGUGAGUAAAAAUUGGAAAGAAAUAAUCGAUGGCACAGAAUUGCUUUGGCAAGAUUGUUGCAAGAAAGAAUACAAACACUCCUCUGUUAUUGCGAGAAGAAAGUCUGGGAAAGAUACCAGCUGGUAUAACAUCUACAAGAACCUAAAAACAUGGUCGAACAUCUCAAAAAUUCAGAGUAAAACGAGAGAAUUUUAUAAUUUUUCUCUACACGAUAAAUGUCACGCAUUGGAGAUAGACAAUGGAAUAUUACCCUUAAAAGACGCCAGAGGGGUUGUUCUUUACGAUAUGAAUACAAUGAAAAACAUACCUGUAGUGGUACCGGAGAAAAACUGCUUAAAAGUUGCACAUAACGAUUGCGCGUCUGCCAUUCUGAUCAAGUCAGGAUUAUUGUUACAAAGAACCGUUACUAAUCCAAACUUCAUGUCUGAAGCAUUUUUCAAAGCUGAUAACUUCGUUCUAGCUGAGAAUGCGAUGUAUUUCUUUAACAACCGAGACAUUUAUAAAUGUGAUUUAGGACAUGAGAAUCUGUCUUCAAAAUUGAUUCUACAUUGCGACUAUGAUAUAAAAGUAAUGCAGUACAACAGUAAUGUUUUAUACAUCUUUACUGAUUGCGGAAACAUAGUAACCAUUGUGAACGAACAGCUAGAUUCUGUGAAACCGAUAGCCGUUCCACCAGAAUGGCUUAAGCAAGUGAAACACAUAACGGCUAUCAAUGAUAAAAAUUAUGUAUGUUACUCGCGGAUUCUAUUCAAAAUAGAAACAGAUACAUACAAGCAUUUGUACAUUGAAUUUCCUCCGAUAACUGCAUUAUUCUUUUACGGGGAUAUAGUUUUGAUCGGGACAAAGAACAGUGAGAUAUUACUGUACCGUCUUUCAAGUCAAAAGUACAAGGUUACGCCCAUUUUUGAGAGACUUGGAGCACUACCUGAUGGAAAAUAUGCCGUACAAUUAGAUGUUUGCGAGAGGAAAUCUGGGCCAGUCAUUGUUGCUGCUACGUUUUUUGAGAUAUUUGUCUUUGAAUAUGACUUCUUUCCUAAUGACAAUGUGGACCGUAUGAAGAAAACUUUCACGACCAACAAGCUGUGCAUUUACAAGAGACUUCUCCGGCUGAAGGACAGACUGCAAUGCCAAUCCUUUAUUUAAAAGAAGCCUGUAAAUAUCUCAAGGCAAUGUCCUCGUGCGGCAAACGGCAAUUUGACGUCUUCAUUACGGCCCAGCCACGACAUUGGUCUAAGCGCGACAGCGGUAAGCGGCAG